AUGUCCUAUAGCAUUUCAGGUGUUAAAGAAGCUUUACAAUGUGUAUCAUCAAACGUCAGUCGUGAUGAAAAGGGUGUCGCUUUACAGUAUCUUGAACAAUUCCAAAAAGCUCCUGAUACCUGGCAACUGUGUCAUAUGAUUCUAUUAGACAGCAGUUGCGAAGGUAUUGAAAUUCAAAUAUUUGCAUCUCAAACUUUGAGGAAUAAGGUUACUUAUGAUUUAAACCAAUUGGAAGGGAAUUUGGAGCCGUUUAAACAGUCAAUGUUGGACCUUUUGGUGAAGCAUACAAAUAAAUUGAUCGUUACUCAGCUUUCUGUAAUGAUAGCGCGCCUGGCUAUCCAAUACUUGGAAUGGAGGAACCCUAUAGGAGAGAUUUUUUCAGUGUUAUAUCCAUAUCCAGGGAAGCUGUUGGAGUUCCUUAAAAUUUUGCCUGAAGAAACAUUGGAUAUGAAAUCCACUCCUCUCUCGGAGGAUGAGUUCAAGUCGCGCACGCAUGAAUUGAUUAAUCAAAUAGCAGAGGAUGUGAUGGUUUUUAUUUUAUCUUGUGUUAAUUCUGUGCAUAACAAUCCAGAGUACACUGUGGAACAGGUUUUGAAAUGUCUCAGUACGUGGAUAUACGAGUUUCCUAUAGAGCAAGUUUUUACUGUGACUCCACUAAUAAACCUUGUAUUUGAGGUUUUAUUUGAGUCGCAUGAUGACUACCCUGAGGCCUUUGAGGCAGCAGUUGAAUGUCUAUCAGUGCUUUUAAGAGAAACUAGGGAUGUUGCCAAUCCAGAAAUAAUAAAGAUGCUUUACGACCGGUUGCUUCUUCUGCAAAACAAACUGCUACCGUUUAAUGAUAAUGAUUCAUUGGAGUGGUCCGACUACGAGGAUAUCAUGGACGCCUUAACGCGGUUAUUCGUUGAAGCAGGUGAGGCAUGGUGCGUAUUUAUCGGUAAGGAACCAGAGUCAUUUAGACCGCUUGUGCAAGUUAUAUUGGUUCUAACCUGUAAAAAUACUGAUUUAGAUGUGGUGAAGUACACAUUUCCAUUUUGGUUUAAUCUAAAGCAGAUGUUAGUGCUUGAGCGUUAUCAGCGGCAGAAGAUGCAAUAUCGCGAUAUUUAUGUUGAAUUGAUCAAAGGUAUCAUUAAGCAUUUGGAGUAUCCUACCGAGUCAUUCCCCAGCAAAGAAGAUGAAGACAAGUAUAGAGAAUUUAGGUAUGAUAUGGGAGAUGUUUUGAAGGAUUGUACGGCAAUCGUUGGUGCAACAGAAGCCCUGACCCAACCAUUUGAAAUGAUCAAAUCAAAUUUGGAACUCUAUGAGACAACAUCUCAAUGGCAGAAAUUGGAGGCCCCGCUAUUUUCAUUAAGGGCAAUGGGUCAAGAUAUUCCAACCAGUGAGAACGUCAUAUUACCACAGAUAUUUCAGAUAAUAUGCAAUCUGCAAGAGCAUCCCAAGGUUCGUUACGCAGUUACAUUAGUGCUUGGAAGGUAUACAGAAUGGACCAGUAAACAUCCAGAAUUUUUAGAAAUGGAAUUAAAUUAUAUUUUUGGGGGCUUUCAGCUGGAUAAUGAUGUCGCUGGUUUAUACACGGCUGCAUCCCAUGCUUUAAUGUACUUCUGUCAGGACUGUUCCUCUCUUUUAAGUGGCUAUGUCGAGCAGUUAAUAGAAUUUGCAUGGAAAAUCGAAAAGUCAGUUGACAUGGUGUGUAUGUUUGAGGUUUGCCAAGGUUUAAGCUCUGUCAUAAAUGAACAACCAAUUGAGAAAUUUACUUCUGCUUUCGAAUUGUUUCUCAAUCCGCUGUCGGAAAGGUUAAAGCAAGCCGUAGAAGCAUGGAAAGCGCAGCCAAACAAAGAGACCUCCAUAGAAAUUGCAGACUUGAUCGAUUUGGUUUUUGCUAUGUUUGAGUCUUUAAGACCGCGUUACGAGGAUCCUUCUAUGGGAGCAGAGCCAUUACUACCGCAUAUGGAAAGAAUCUGGAAUAUAUUAUCAGAUUUUUUAAGUCUGGAAGGUGCUGCUUCAAACACCAUAAUUGUCGAAAGAGCUAUGAAGUUGCUUCGUAGGUUCUUUGAACGAUACCACGUCUUUUUGGAACCAAUACUUCCUAUGGUUGUAGAAAUGCUAGCGAGGAACUACUUGAAUACCGGGUUGGGGUCUUAUUUAUGGUGUUCAGGUUCGCUAAUCUACGUCUUUGGGGACGACGAAUCGUAUCCGGUGUCACCAGAAUUGAAGCAGGCGGUCUGGCUCUUUGCAUGCUCUCAAUGUGAAGUGUUCUUAAACAAUUUCUCCAAAAUUGGCCCCAAUGAGAUCGACGUGUAUUAUGAAAAUAUACAAGAUUUCUUCGUGAUGGUAUUAGACGUGAUCAUGUUUUAUCCUAAACAAUUUAUUACGGCUACGGCACUAAUAGAUUCAGUGGCCGAUUGUGCAUCAAAGUCGCUUGAUAAGCUAAACAAUUUCGAAUCCUACAUUACAGUGAUUCGAUGUCUAGAUGAGAUUCUCUCAUGGGGGUUUGCGACACCCCCAAUCUCAACCAUGGAAAUUGAUACUGUCCCAAUGGAAUGGAGGGAAAACGUGCUAAGGAUCAUGGUUCUCCAGAAGGGAAGUCAACUUGUAUCCGUUACUAUCAGUGGGUUAACUACAAAUCUUAAUAGUAAUGCGCAUCCGGAGGCAAUAGGCCUACUUGUGAAACUGUUUAAACUCGCAGUUGAGGCUAACAACAAUGACCCUUCUAUAUGCAUGGUCUGGCUCUCAGAUGCACUUGAAAAGUUGAGACCAGUUUCGCCAAAUGAAAAGAAUAAGCUCAUGAGCAUAGGUAAUGCCUUGGUGCAGAGAGAUUACAGGAGAGUUAGAAACAAUAUUAAAGACUUCAUUGGUUGGUAUUUGAGAAAGCAUGUUUCACCAAGAUUUUAUGGAUAA